AUGUUCACCCUUCCUUCAGCACGCCGAUUCUUGCUCCCAGCGGCCGUCAUCCUCAUACUCCUGGUUAUUCUCCGUGUUCUCGCAGACACAGGAUCCCUCAGAUCAUCGCAUGAUGCACUCCUCCAAGCGGCGCUACAGAGAGAGCUCUCCAACAGUGCGAAAAUCACCCUCCUCUACAACGCGUCUGCUCAUCCUCACCUCUCUGCUGGCCGUAAGACCACUUACCGCCCGCCGUCACACGCGCUGCCCCUCCCACUGGCUCACCCUGUGAUCAAGCAGUUCACGCACUGCCCCAUCCCAGCGAACGAGCACACCUCGCAUAUCCGACUCCCUGAGAUUCUGUACAAUAUCAGCCUCACCCCGACUUCAGCCUCAUCUGAACUUGACAAGCGGGCUGAAGACCAGAACGGAGGACAGCUCGAUUCGCCGCCCACGGCCAAGACCAGCACGACGCGUUUCUUCAACCCGGCGAUAAUCCCCUUGCCCUACUGGGCGCACCCGGCGCGAUAUAUCCUCGUUUCCCGCGUCGUGACGUCGGGCUUCCACCAGGAAUCGCAGAUCUGUCUCGCGGACAUUUGUCUGCCUCAACAACAACAACCCUCCUCCUCCUCCUCCUCUGCAUCCACGUCACAAGGUCAGACUCACCUCCCGCCUGACACCCGCCCGUGCACGCCCUCGGAUCAUUUCCACCUCGGCAGUGGUGGUGGUUUAAGGUGCGUUAGCGAGCCGCUCAAGAUAAACAUCCCGCCCACGCCGGCAGAGAAGUGCGAGGACGCGUGGCUCGCGUUCCCUGAUAUACCUGGAUUCCACGAUCCUAGGGUGUUUUGGAGCGACAAGGGGGAACCGUUGAUCCUGGUGAAUAGCGCGAGUCGAUAUGGAUGUGUGGGGCUUUGGAUUGUGGACUUGAGGGUCGUUUAUCCAGUACUUGAGACGAUCCUGAGUCGGGAGGACAGCGCUCUGGGGGUGGUGAGGAGAGAUAGCGGCGGAGAGGAAGGGAGCGAGGUGGCAGGGAAUGGUGUUAGUCUUGGGUUCAAGCCGUCGAUGAGCUAUCCUCACCUCACAGAGAUCACUAGGAAUCCGCGGGGGAGUCGGGCCAGCGUGGAAAAGAACUGGGUGUUGUGGUUUCCGAGUGGUGAAGAGGCGUAUGUGCAAUAUGACCUGUUGGGUGAUCCUCUGCUGAGUAAAGACGAAGCUGGACUGGAGGCGGGACAAGACCUAGAAGGGCUCCCAAGACUAGGCCUCGGAGGGAAUCAAUCGCAAGAUUACCGGUAUUCGAAUGUCACGAAAAUCACGGGCCAUGCGAAUAACUCGACGACGAAGCCAAGGACGAAGGAAAGGAGAACAUGGAUGGAAAAGGAGAGGCGCGGAGGUCGAACAUUCUCCAAACUCAUUGGCAAUGGCUUCACCACACCGAACCUUACUCAUCCACAUGAGCAACCCUGCUUUUCAGCAGAAGAGGGGGAUUUUGAAGACUCUUUCGGCAGUAUCGGCCACUGGCACCAGGGCUCCAACUCUUUGCGGCUAAUAUUGUGCACGAGAGCACAAGCUCGCACCGAUCCAGCGUGUCGAGAUGACGAUUAUACCGAUGACGACAAUACCGGCGGUGAGACAACAGGCGCCGUGGCAGGUGGUCGCUCAGUACACUUUGCGAUUAUACAUCGGAAGUUCAGUAACGAGCUGGACCUGCCACUGCGCUACGAGAGGUACGUGGUUGUGUGGGAGGGCAGAGAGCCAUUUCAGAUCCUGGGUGUCAGUCGCUUGCCGUUGUUGAUGAGGGACGAAUGGGCGAAGCCAUGGACCAAGGACGAAAACUGGCCGGUCAGCGGAGAAGCAGAGCUAAAGAGAAAGUCGAAUGCAACCAUGAGGAUGGCCGACAGAGGAGGAGGAAGCAAACUCAUGAGACGGGGCAUACAUGAACGGGAGAUUGGUGAAGACGACGGGUUCGACAAGAGCCCGGCGUAUUUUACAUACACGCCGAGUCUAGCCUGGACUUGGAGCCCACAUUCUGCAGCCGCCAACCAGGAUCAUGAGAACGACGAUGUCGAUUACAUGUCUCAGCUGGGAACUGGGUAUCUGGGAGACGACGUACUUGUUGGUAUUGGUCUGGACGACGUGAAUCAGGCCUUUGCUCGAGUCAAGGUAGACAGCCUUCUGAACUGUCUGAGGCUGUGCCCUGGUGUUCGAUUUGCUGAGGAGGCAAGUUGA